UUAUUCUCCUCCUGAAUUAAUAAACACUUGAACUCUCACAAACUCGAUCGUUUGAAAUGCGGAACAGAUACACAUUAAACAGCGUCAAUUUACUGCAUAUCAAUCGAACCUUGCAGUAAUGUAUAUAGCAAUUAGCAAGUAUAUAUAUAGUUUGUAAAAGUAGAUGCGUCGUCGUAGAUCGUCGUGGCUGUUUGAGCAUGAAAGUUAAGUAACUCGUCAUCAAAAUGCGAUGCUUCUGAGUGAUAUUAUUGCAAGACGAAGGACCACGCGUCUUUGAUACCCUCUCUAGCUAAUCUCUAUCUUUCUGCAUGUCUUUGCCACGGUAUAACGAAGCCCUACCUAGUUUCGUAUAUAUAUAUGUGCAACGACACGCUAUAAAUUUAUGAAUAACCACCACCAAUAAGUAUAUCUCCGUAGACAUAAAAAAAAAAAAAAAAAAGCAAGCAAAGUGAAUCAUGGAGAUGAACAGAAGGAGAUCAUCAAGAGGGUUCAUGAUAGCUAAGCUAAUACCCUUUUGCAAAUCUGGGAAACCUCUCACUCCUUCCCAAGACUUUUAUAAUAAUGUUCAUAGUUACACUUCGUCCACUAUGACUUCCUACGCUCAUCGACCUGAUAUCAGUAACUACGUAACUACCACUACACCUCUCCCUCCUAAAGUUAGCUUCCUCCUUCAACCAUCCUUGGCUCAUGAGGGUAAGGAUAUGGAAAAGAAGCUGAACACAAUGGCAGAGAAGCUGAUCGGUAGGGGGAUGAAUGGUGUGGAAGAGUGCGUUGACGCUAGAGCCGCUUCAUAUAUAUCUUCGGUUCGAGAAAGGUUUAAGCUGGACCAUUGUGAGAGACGACUGACGACUGUUAUUAGCUUAGAUGAAGAAGAUUGACCAUUAUAUAGCUAGGAUUUAGGUGCAGCUCGUUGACCUAUAUAUAUUAUGACAUUGAAAUAAAAUGAAUUUAAAUAAUUACAAUUAAUUAGAAAAAUGCAGUAGAAAAGGAAAUAAUGAUGUACUCGCGCGCCAGUCUCCACACAAAAGGAAGGGAUAAUUAUAUAUCAGAAAAGAGAGGGAGAAGGUACAGCAAAGGCU